AUGCCCGACAACGUUGCCCACGCGAGCAAUGCUGGGAGCUCCCAGCAACCCACACCUCCUGUCUCUGCUCAAGAAAAGCAAAAGCUCAUACUGAAAGCCCGUGCUUUGCGGGAAGAAAAGCUCCAGGCUCUUGCAAAAGUCGUCAGCAACAUGUCCGUCGAAUUGACUGACGGAAAUAUCCUCCAUAUGUACUAUGGGGUUGAGGUUGCCUCGUAUCUCUUACCAGCUUCGAGCUUCAUCGCCAACGAAAAUGCCUCCGGAGCCGAGUUUAUGGUCAAUCUUGCCAGGGAAUCUGCAACCAAAUCCAAAAACCCACUCCUGAAAGCCAGGUGUGAGUUCUGGAUGGGUCGAGUUGAGUUUCUGCGCGGAAACAUGCGCAAAGCUCAUGAGCACUUCGUGAAAGCGAACCUUUGCACCAUGGAUCCGAAGGAGGGAGUUGAAUGCCAGGACCUGAGCUUUUACUUGGAUGUCACCAGGCAUGGGAUUAGUGAGCAGACUCGGGCUGCAAGGCUACGUGCUCAUUAUCAGGCUAUCGUGGCGCACGCGAAAUUCGACAAGACUGCGAACAACUCUGUCUCGACCGAAGACAAACGCAAGCGGCCAUUGAGGACUUGGAAGGGGGCUCUCGUCAAGCUACAGCUACCUCUGGUCAAGCAACGUCCACUGACUAAAAUCAGAAAGCCCCGGUGUAAGGUGCCGAUUCUGCCAAAGGUGGACAAGAAGCGUCUGCAGCAAGGUAUGGCUACCGAGAGAAGCUCUGAAAAUGAUGUCAUUGGAAAGGUCCUUGCAGAAGAGCUUGGGUACGAGUCUUGGACCGAUUCUGGAGAUGACACCGAUACCGACACUGAGGAUGAAUCCGAUGACGACCUCAGCGGAGACCCCGCAGACGGUACAGACGACACCACAGAUGAGAACACCGCAAACACCCCAGCUGUCCCAGAUCAGCCAGAGCCCUCCAUUGACGCGACCACAGCUCCGGCCAAAGUUCCGACUGAUCAAUCCGCCUACGAAAUGCCUAAGCCAGGAUCGGCCCGGGACCGGUUCAGACAGGAAUGUUUCCAGAUGGGCCUCACAUCAGCAGUCAACGGAGAACCCUACGAGCGUCCGAAGGAACCGUUUUUGUUUGGAGUCCCCCACGAACGUACAAAGCAGACCGAGUUCCGGCUCGGAUUUUUCAAGGUUGGUCUGACAAAACGCUCCCGCCCAAUGACCAUCUUUCCGAAACAGGACGGUGAAAUCACUAUUUCUCCGGAGGAAUGGGAAUCCAUCGAGGAAGAUGCUCGUCAAAAGAUUGUGACCUAUGAUUACUUGCAGAAGGAGCGAUAUGAAUUGCUCAAGGUUGCUGAGGAGAUCGGUUAUGAUUUUCCGUUAACAAAUGCGAUUCAGCGUAUGUUCCGGAAAGGUUCUGGGUUCGAUUCCCAGGGAAACUAUUUUUUCUUUUUUGAUUUUUGUCCCUAA